AUGAGCUUUCGCAGUUGGUUGACGACUACUCGACUCAUUCAUGGCAUCUUGGUAAGAGGCCCGCCGAUUCGCCACGUAAUUCGCGCUGGCAACAACUUUUGGAAAGGUUGCCUUUUGGCUAUGGAGCUUUCUCUGCUGAUUGUUUGGUUUGCGUUCGUGCCACUAGAACCGCAGGUAAAGCUAAGGCUGUGUCGCCGGUCUGUUCGCGCUUGUGUCGCGAUAAAAACCGAAUUCAACCAGUGGCUACUGAUUCGUGUUGUACCUGUAAGGCUAUUGGCUUCGUCGUGA